UGACAUUGUUUGCUAUAAUUUUUCACAACAAACAAAUUCGUUUAAUAAAUAAAUGGGUGGUUGUUGGAGGAACUUUCAAAUUGUAAACAUAGGGCGCAAUUCGAAACUGGGCGACAUGAAAAAAAGUUUCCCAAAAACAGUUUUUCUGUGUGAACCGGCACUAAGAUGGUAUUUUGAACGUUUUGUUCAAUCAGUAACCUGCAAUCUGCUUGGGAUGUUGGAAAACGGUUAUAAAAAACCAUUUGAGAUUAUUCUUGGUUCAAAAUAUCGUUUAAGAAGCCUCCAAAACAACAACUGGACAAGUACCGUUGCAGAGAUAAACCAAGAUACCGUAACCGAUACCAUUUCAGUUUCAGAACGGUGUUUGAAAUAAUGUAAAAAGUGCUGCCAAUUGUUUUAACAAGAAGCCGAUCAUACUUUUAAUUUAAUUAAAAAGUUUGUUUUUAAUUAUAAAAAGUAUGUAGUAAGUAUUUAAUUUAAUUUUUAAAUCUUUUUGCAAUUUGUAAGAAAUCUUGAUUAUACGAUUUAAUGGUUGAUCGCUGAUGCAGUAGUAGUCAAUUGGGUUGCAAACAUUGUCUCACACUCAUUAUACUCUCCCCACCAAAGUAGUGCAAGUAUAAAAAUUAUCUCAACAGGUAAAUUAAAUAUACAGUGUCUCUCAUAAUUAUUCGAAUUUGGGUAAACUAUAAAAAGAAACCAAGUUUAAUAA